AAAAGGAAAAUCCAUCAUAUUCAUUUCCACAACUCCACAAUUCUCCUUUUAGUUGUUUCAUUGAAAAAGAAAGAAAGCAUCUUUCCUGCUAUUAGAAGAAAGAAAGGAAUGUGAAGUCGUAAAGCUUUGAAGCAUAAAACUUUUGAUCCCUGCCCAAAGUUUUCAAUAUUUGGUAUUGGCCCCAACACUUACCAAAUAUUAAGUAAAUCGCUCUCCUGUUCCUCGUCGAUACGUUUUGGGUUUUGGCUCCCCACUCCCUAGUCAUCACCAUCACUGUUUAAGCCCCCUUCAUGGUUUGUUUCAUUUACUUAGCCGUUUGAAUUAAAAAAAGCAGAAGCUUGUCCAUGAUACAGCUCUGAUCUCAACAUAUGUUGAGAAUUAAUUAUCUCCAUGGAUUCGUCACAAUAUUCAGACGUUGGAAAUACCCCAUCAAAUGUUUACAUUCCUUUCAUCAACACAAACCUGAAACACCCACCAAUUACAAAUUUACUAAAACCUUAAAAAACCCAAUGAAACCACUUGAAGUUGAGCCAAAAGUUUACAUGCGAGACACAAUAUCAAACAUUUACAAAAUCCUCAAGUACUCAACUUGGGAUGCAGCUGAAACCCAGCUGAAGCAGUUACGCAUCAAAUGGGACUCUUUUACAAUCAACCAAGUGCUCAAAACCCACCCACCAAUGGAAAAAGCAUGGCUUUUUUUCAACUGGGUUGGUAAAGUUAAAGGCUUUAAGCAUGACCAGUUCACUUACACAACAAUGCUAGACAUUUUUGGAGAAGCUGGGAGGGUUUCAUCGAUGAAGUAUUUGUUUCAGCAAAUGCAAGAAAAGGGCUUAAAAAUCGAUGCUGUUGCUUAUACUUCCGUCCUGCACUGGCUUUCAAAGAGUAGAGAUGUUGAUGGGGCAGUGGAAAUGUGGGAGGAAAUGAGAGGAAAAGGGUGUUUUCCUACUGUUGUUUCCUAUACGGCUUAUAUGAAAGUUUUGUUUGACAAUAAGAGAGUUACGGAAGGUACUGAUGUGUAUAAGGAGAUGCUUCAGUCUGGGAUUUCUCCUAAUUGUCAUACUUAUACAGUGCUGAUGGAGUAUCUUUUUGAGGCUGGAAAGUCUGAAGAAGCCCUUGAGAUUUUCAACAAAAUGCAAGAAGCUGGAGUUAAGCCCGAUAAAGCUGCAUGCAAUAUUUUGGUUGAGAAAUGUUGCAAAGCAGCGGAGACAAGGGCAAUGACCCAAAUCCUUCAGUACAUGAAAGAAAAUUAUCUUGUUCUUCGGUAUCCCAUAUUUCUAGAAGCACUUGAAACCUUUAAAGUUGCUGGUGAGGGCAAUGUCCUUCUCAGGGAAGUUCAUCCUCAUAUUUCUGUUGAAUGCAUAGGCAAUGAAACAGAAGCUGAGUAUAAAGGAAAUGCUUCUGAAGCUCCUUUAAGUUUUGACAGAGGACUAAUGUGGGCUCUUUUGAAAAAGCAAAAUCUUCUUGCCAUUGAUAGUUUACUUACUGAGUUGAUGGAUAAGAAUAUACGGUUGGACUCUGAAAUGAUCUCUACCAUCAUCGAUAUAAACUGUAACCAUUGCAGGCUGGAUGGUUCUUUGUUGGCCUUCAAAUACAGUGUGAAAGCAGGUAUAAAUCUUGAGAGAGCUGCAUAUCUUACUUUGAUAGGCAGUUUAAUAAGAUCAAACACAUUUACUGAUGUAGUGGAGAUUGUUGUCGAAAUGACUAGAGCUGGGCAUUCUCCUGGAGUAUAUCUUGGUUCGCUACUAAUCUAUAGGCUUGGAUGUGCUAGAAGACCCACUUGUGCUGCAAAGAUUUUUAAUUUACUGCCUGAUGAUCAGAAAUGCGUUGCUACCUACACUGCUUUGGUUGGUGUCUACUUCGCUGCUGGGACUGCUGAUAAAGGACUUAAAAUAUACAAAACCAUGCGCAGCAAAGGGAUUUCUCCUUCUUUAGGCACAUACUGUGUCCUAUUAGCUGGUCUUGAGAAACUUGGUAGAGUCUCCACAGCAGAAACCUACAGGAAGGAAAAGAAAAGUCUGCAGAAGGAUGCUUAUUUCCGUGAAUCCAUUCCCAUCGAGGAAAAGAUAUGUGACCUCCUAUUUGCUAGGGAUGUGGUAUCUUGACAAAUUUGUUAGGUUAAUUAGCAAACCCACUUUGAUGGAAAGCUGCCAAGUAUGAUGUAACUAUGAUUUGGUUCUGGAGCAAUUGACCAGUAAUGUUUAUGAAGUGCUUCCAACAGAGGAUUAUUGACUACCUACAUGGCAAGAUUGGCUAGAAAUAUUUUAUAGGUCCAGAGAUUCAAGCUGGUGUUGCUCAUACAGAUAGGACUCUCAUCCUGAUUUGUUGAACAAAUGUUUCAUUGUGAAUGUGAGAAAAUGGAAGUGAUGAAACAGAGUCCUAUGGUGUUUGUUGAAGGUCGAUUUUUAGGGCUCACUCUUGGGAAAUUACAUUGACUAAUCUUCUUGUAAAUGCAUUUGACUGUAAUAGCUGAUUGUUUACAAUUACAUGAACAAAGUUCUGUUAACUUCAGCUCAAUUUCCCUGUCUAAAUGGGUAAAAGUAAAGAUGCUCCCAAUAGGGCACCUUGGCUCAAA